AAAACGGCGAUUGGUGUAAUGAUUGAUAUAGGCAAUAAAUUGGACGCACUCCGUGCAGUUCCAGGCACGUCGAAAGAAGAAGACUUGCGAACUGUUGCUCAGACUGACUCGACAAGUGAUCUGGAUUCGCGUAAAAUCAUUCGUGAUUUUAACCGCCCAAUGGAAACUGACACUCCUGGCGAAGCAUCCACCACAACAAAGCCUCGUUUAACUCAGUCUCCAAGUGGACUGAAUACACAGGAACCGGUUAUUGGCAAAAAGAAAUCUUUAAAAAGACCAUAUCAGUGUCUGGAAAUCGAGUGCCCAAAGGUAACAGUCACGCCUAACUUACAAGCCAUCAGAACAGAGCAGAUUCUAACAGAGUCGCCCAAUUCCGUCAACUCGACGGAACCAGUAUCCGAACACAUCAGCUUGUUUGAAGGACCGUUGCAGCACUUGGAAGAGGGAGGAAAUACCAUAUGCCGUAUCAACCACGAAUGCAUGGCAUUUUACUUACGAUGUCCGAAUUUGCUUAAUGUUAUACAUCUGUGUGAAGAUGUCCUCAGUGGAAAGGUUAAAGCCCUUUUUCUGCCAUUGCAAGACUAUUUAAGAACACAGCCAGAUUGCAACAACGUAUCGGUUGUUGUUGAUAUUUCUGGAAAUGACUUCACAAAGUGCAUUAUGCCAUGCCUUAUCAAAUUAAACCGUCAAUUGGAUUCGAGAAUCCAACAACUCGAGUAUCCAUACACACAACACAAUACAGCUAGUACUGCUGCAGGAAACACGGACAUGAAAACAGCAAUUUCCAUGCUCAAAGACUUGAUAGAUCAUCACCCAAGUGUCAAUUGUGAAACCCCGUCAGAGCUACGACUAACAGUAGAUAUAAUUGGGGUAGAGGACAGUCAUACACUGACGCGUCAUUUAGUUGAUGCUGCGAAUGAAUUGCAAAGACACAAGAAAAACGCGAAAUAUAGAGAAACGUUACAACCUACGGAUCGACACGAGAAAUAUGGUAUAGAAACUGCCUUAUCCAUUUUUAAAGAACUAAAAGGUCAAAUACCUUUUAUCGAUGAAACAUCGGAAUUGAGAUUGAAAGUACAGGUAAUUGGAGUAAAGGACGGACAUUCACUGACACGUCAGAUAUUUGAUGCUGCGAUAGAAUUGCAUAGUACAGAGGAAAUAAAGACAUCAAACUCUCAGGAACUUCGACAGUAUCUGCAACAUGUGUUCCAGUAUUUGAAAAAAGGCGGAUAUGCACUCAGUAUUCGCGAAACUGACUGUUCGGCGUUUUAUAUCUGCUGCCCAACAUUGGCCUACGCAAUGACACUGUGUGAGGAUUUUUUAACUGGCAAAGUUGAAGCGCUGUUCCAGCCACUGCAGGGUUAUUUGAAAACACUGCCAGAAUGCCAAGAUGUAUCGAUAGUUGUUGACAUUUCAGAAAAUGACUUUGUCAACUGCAUUUUUCCUUCCCUCACAGCAAUAAAGCGUCAUUUGGAUUCAUGCGUGCCUACUCAAGGGCUAGACUCGAUGGGAUCGGUGGCAGUAUCGAAAUAUGCCGACAAGGGUAUCGAGAGCUGCACUUCAAACAAACAGGACUCGAGCUUCGAGGGCCCGUUCUCUGUCCAUCCGUGGGACAGACUUAUCAGUCAGCUUUGCGAAGAGUUUUCAGUCGAAGACUCGGACUUUGAAAACUUCCUAUGGGGCUCAAAGACUCGCAUUGGUGAUGAUAACUACAACCGAAUCCAAAGCCUUGAUGGACGCUCUGGCCAGAAAUACCACGCUUUUUUUGAUUGUCUGGAAAGGAAAUUCGGACAGCACGACUCUGUCGAAUUCCUUUUACACUUAACAGCGACGUUGAACUUCCAUAGCGAUUCAGCCUGUGUUACAUACACAACGGCGUUUGAACAGUAUAAGCAAGACAUUGAAGAAUUGCAUUUGACGACAAAAGGUCUGGUCAUGGAGCCGUCUUGUAAAAUCGUAGAUAUUCUUCAGAAACGCCCAGAGGAAAAUGUUUCUAGUUAUGAGAGACAUCCAAAAGGGGUCGUUCUUUGGGGACAGCUAGGAAUGGGCAUGACACGGUUCUUAAAUCAAAUAUUGUGGCGUCUUCGUUUUGGUUCGCUUACAACCAGUAUCGUUAGACAGUGGAAUAUAGUCGCUGUCAAUCAAAGAGACAAAACAGAAGUUAAGGAGCUGUCAUCCAACAUGAUCAAUAACAUACGCAAAGAGAUGGGUAUGGAGGAUAUUAUUUGUGACUUUAUCUCCGUGAAUGACCAGAAACAAAAUCUAAUGUCCCUCCUAAAAGACCUCGGCAAGAGAAAAGGAGAUUACUUAGUAAUUCUUGAUGACAUGGAUGGACAUUUCAAACACGAACACUCGCCCUGCGAACAGUUUCUGACAGAUGUCAUGGAUACUAUUGCAGAGGUGGACAAUAUAAAAAUUAUUCUUACUGUCUCCAAGUCAGUGUCGAAAUCUAACGUGAUUGAUUCGUUCGGUGGAAAGUUAGUGUUUGGAGGACAUAUGCUGGAAUUUAACCUUACCGAGGAGAUCCUUACCGAGAACAUCCCUACCAAGGAGAUAUUAAUGCCCAAAAUCAGCUGUCUGGAAGAUCAGUUGCAGAAUGAUCGUCUUUCACUUGACGACUUGGGCAAGUUGUUGAAAGAAGCCAAUCAGACCCUCACACAUGCAAAAGAGGCCGGAGAACGUUUUUCCGAAGAGGCUGAAAGGACCCUGAAAGAAGGUCUGAAUACCUUAGAGGCUAAAAUACAGGCUGCGAAAGAACGCAUUGAAAACAAAACACAAACUAGUGAACAACGAAUUGAAAAAAAGGCACAUUCUGGUGAACAACGCCUUGAAAACAAGACACAGGCUGGAGAACAACGCAUUGAAAACAAGACACAGUGUGGAGAACAUAGCAUUGCAAACAAGACACAGGCUGGAGAACAACGCAUUGAAAACAAGACACAGGCUGGAGUACAAAGCAUUGAAAACAAGACACAUUCUGGAGAACAAAGCAUUAAAAACAAGACACAGGCUGGAGAACAAAGCAUUGAAAACAAGACACAGGCUGGAGAACAAAGCAUUACAAACAAAGCACAGGCUGGAGAACAACGCAUUGAAAACAAGACACAGGCUGGGGAACAGAGCAUUGAAAACAAGACACAGGCUGGAGAACAAAUAAUUGAAAACAAGACACAGGCUGGAGAACAAAGCAUUGAAAACAAAGCACAGGCUGGAGUACAGAGCAUUGAAAACAAGACACAGACUGGAAAACAAAGCAUUGAAAACAAGACACAGGCUAUUGAAAAAAGCAUUGAACACAAAGCACAGGCUGGAGAACAAAGCAUUGAACACAAGACACAUGCUGGACAAAGCAUUGAAAACAAGACACAGGCUGGAGAGCAAAGCAAUGAAAACAAGACACAGGAAAGCAUCAACCGCAUAAAUCAAGCAGCGAUUGGAAAGGAGCUAGACGAAUACGAGCGUGACGUAACAGAUCUUCUCAAGCGAUUGGUGAACCAUUACCGUGAUACCGUUUGCUACGUGCGUCUGUCUACUUUGGAUCCUAGUCUCGGUAUGCACGUACAAGACGUCUAUGCAACUCCAAAAAUACACAGGAUGAAGAUAGAAAAUGAUGGUAGACGCACACAACAGGAAGAAAUAUUGACAUACAAAGAUUGCUUUUAUAGAGGUGAUCUUUUAUGUAGACGUACAUAUUUACAAGGCGAGCCGGGAAGCGGCAAGACAAGUUUUGCUGCCAAGUUAGUUGACGAUUGGUGUAACGUGCAUGAGUCCUCGAAUGAAUCUACAAAGGAACAAACGGCGUUUGUUGAUGUUGAUACCCUUCAUAAAUUCAAGUUUCUCUUCUUCAUUUCGUUGCGCGAUUCGAAAGAACAGACACAUGUAACACAUAUGAUACAAACUCAGCUCAUCUACAAAAUGUACGCGGCAGACGAAUGGGAGAGCAAGUAUAAUCUAGUCUUAAAAAUAAUGAGAAAUGUGAUGUAUCUUGUUGUUCAAGACGGUCUUGAUGAGUGGUCUGGUAAAGAAGCUAUGCCAUCUAUGUUCGGUAUUCCUAAAGAUCAUUGCAUUGUGCUCACAACUUCUCGACCAUGGAAACUCGCGGAUGAACGUAUCAAAAAUUCUCAAAUAGACAUAUUGUUGGAAGUCUACGGAAUAAUCGAUUCCUAUGGAUUCAGUAAAAGGAUACUACGACAUCUUCUUGAUGAAACAAAGGAUCUUAACGAAACUGUGGAUCAGUUUCAGAAAUUUCUGAAGAGUCGUGACCUUGAUUCGAUAUCAUCUUCGCCCAUGCUGCACACGCUUGUCCUAUGUACAUGGGUAGAUGAUAUGGCUGAGAGUCUCACCGGACCAUCAACUUGUGAAUUGUACACCAACCUGCUUGAAAGUUUAUGUAAAAAAGCUAACCCACAAAUGAGUUAUUUCGAUCAAUACUGCCCAUCACCAGUAAACUGCUUUUCUCGCACGAAGUAUGUUAAACCAAACAUGGAACAUAUAGAUAUUAUAGCCAAAGCUGCGUUUUCAUUUUUGUUUUCAAAUGAAAAAGAAACAUCACUAGUGUUCAGCGACAUUAAUCUUUCGGCUCAUUUGUCUGAAAGUACAAAGCAGUUCGCACUACGUUCAGGAUUAAUAUCCAAAAGAAGAAGUAAAAAAUGUUAUGAUAAUACAAGCUCGUUUGUCCACAAGACUGUUCAAGAGUUCUUUGCUGCUCUUCACAUCUCCAACAAUACAGACGUGAUUGAUAACGUUAUUUGCGAAUAUCUCAAAAGUAGUAAGAAUUCAUAUCAGGAUAUUUCUCAAGUUUUCAGAUUCCUUUGUGGCUUCAACAUCUUGGCAGCUAAUAAACUAUCUGCACUGAUGAAUCAGGUCAACGAUGUUCGUCAUGGGUUUGAUCACUAUGUUUUCCAAAGCGUCAUCCUCUCAGGUUAUAGGGAGGCUGUGGCAAACAAGAACACUCCAAUAGACCUACAUCUGAGUCACUUUCACGUUUGGCAUGAUAAUGCUGAAGAUUUGAUCAACAUCUUUGCAUUGAACUCUCCACGGGCUCGAUCUUUACAUGUUUCCUUUAUAGACGCAAUAAUACGUUCACGUCUUACACAAGACGCGUCGUCUUCUCUUUGUCAGGGACCCGAUUCAUUACCUGCACGUGAUUAUGACGACCCCUCUACAACAGCGAAGCAGAAAGAAGUCAGAUCGUCUGCAUCUUGUUUGGAAUUCGACUUAUCAGCGUGUCACAACCUGGAACAGUUGAAGCUCGAGGGUGAUAUAACCGUGCUACCAAAUGCACUUGUGGGUUUGAAGAAGUUGAAAUAUCUAACAAUGAAUAUGGGUUGCAAAUGUGAAGCUCUUGACUUGUCACAUUAUGAACACAUAAAAUCAAUUGAACUCGGAGAAGGAGUAACUUUACUACCACACUGUAUUACUAAUUAUAAGAAAUCUGAAAUGUAUUAAAAUACACUCGGCUUAUAAAGAACUCGAUUGAACUCGGAGAAGGAGUAACUUUACUACCACUAUAUAUUAAUAAUUAUAAAAAUCUGAAAUGUAUUGAAAUAUGCACAGCUUAUAAAGAACUAGAUUUGUCAAUGUUCGAAAACUUAAAUUCGAUAACAAUCAGCAAACAAGUGCAAGUGUUACCGAAGCAACUUCUCGUUAAUAACAAUCAAAAACUUAAGUUUAUUGGUUUGAAUGAAUUUGAUUUCAACAGAUGUGACAAGAAAGACAUUCAUACAUGGUGUCUACUGAACGGUGCUGAGCCAGUACUGUGUUCAGACUAUACUCCAGUACUGCCUCCAUAAAACACAUUCAACUGUCUGGUGUAACUUGUUCCUCCACCUGGCUACGCAGUCUGCUCACCACACUGUUUACACUUGAUCAUAGGGUGAAGUGUUCUCUGGAGGCCUGUGACAUCACUUCACUCGAUCAUGUAAAGCCUAGUUUAAAGCAUGUAAAUGAGCUGGAGGACUGUGACAUACAUUUUUUAUCGCAUGUAUGGAAUGAAUACGGCGAGUCAUGUAUAAACGUAUGUAUAACAGCUGAUUUAAACAAUACAUGUCCAUUCGAUGUCGCUCAAGAUUGUCCUGGUUGGUCUAUGGGAGACACUGCUCGGUCUGAGUGUAAAGAAUCUGAGUUUUUCGAAUGGGAGUUAUUAUUUUCGGAAGUUGAAAGCUUAUCAUGAUUCGUCAAUGUCGCGGUCACUAGCACAACUCUCACAGCUGGAAACGCUUAGAAUGCAUUUAUCUGAAUAUAUCGACCUACUGCUUCCUCUGUCAUUGGAUCAUGUGACUGUCUGUUUUGAUACAUUGAAUCCAUCAGAACUUCGCCAGCUGGUGAACAAGCUGUCUGCAUGGACUCACUCACUUGAGUGUAGAUUCGAAUUAUGUUGUGGUUAUUACAUGGACACAGGCAUAAUGCAUAUCAUUCCAUCAGAGGAAUACAUCCCCAUCCAACAAGAACUCGAAGCUAUGCAGCAUGUUGAUGUGAAACGAUUUCGAAUAUAUAACUGGACAACUUCCACCUCUGAAUGGUCUGAACGUGACAGUGUUGUUGAUGAUGGUGAUCAUGGUGAUGAGAUCGUUGAUGAACAAUUUUGUGCAGACUUUUACAGGACAAAUAGGGACGGCCUUAGUCGCAUAUCAAUUCGACUUAAGAUUAACUGUGCUUAAGAUCCAACCUUGACCUAGUAAAGUGGUAUAUGUGACAUUAAAUAAUCUUUAAAUGUUGAUUGUGUAAAUUGAAAACCUAUUAUUUUUGUUUAAUUUGGUUUGUAAUGUCUGAUGCAAAUACUAUGAUUUCAGUUGUUUUAAA